CGAUUAUACAGGAAAUCGGCGUGGGAUUGACGAGGACUGUCAGGUAAAACGCAUGUGUGCCGUUUAUCAACAUCAACAUGGAGGAAACUGAGGAUUCAUCGCGGGAUGUAGUUUGUCCCUUAUGCUUGAAAAAUGAUGCAAAAUACACCUGUCCACGCUGUAAUAUACGAUACUGUUCUGUGCUGUGUUACAAGGGUCAGAAACACAUGGAUUGCUCCGAGUCCUUCUACAAAGACUGCUUCAUGGAAGGUCUGAAGGACCAAUCAUCUGGACCUGAAGAGAAAAGAAAAAUCUUGGAAAUGUUGUCAAGAGUGGAAAAUGAGACAGAAGGAUUAGACUCUGAGAGUGAUGAUGAGCCAGACCUUGCAGAGAGACUUGAGGGACUUGACUUAGAAUGUGAUGCUGGAGCAAUCUGGAAGCGAUUGACGGAGAAGGAGAGGAAAGAGUUUGACCAAAUGACAAGAGACGGACGUUUGGGUCACCUUGUGGAAGUAUGGACACCCUGGUGGACACCUGAGUCUAAACAGUUGAUACAAGAUGAGGAUGACCCCACUGUCCAGUCAAAGUUCCCAAAGGUCAAGCUGGACAUCACAGACCUAGCUGUCCUGCUUCCUAAGUCCAAACCGUCCAGUGGAGUGAAGUACAAUGUUGUGGGAGCGUUGUACGCCUACUGUUUUGUGUGUCGGUUACACAAUGGAGGUCACUGGGACACACCUGUAGAAUCAGCAAAGGAACUGUUGGUAGUGAGUGAUGCGACUAACAAGGAUGCUGUGUUCGAUAGUCCAGGGGAGGUAAUCCAGUCAUGUAUACAGCGUGUCACCAAGAGUACGUUUGGAAAAGGUACAUCAACCGGUUCCAACAUUUCAAUAAUUGAGGAUAUCAUCAAUGUCAUAAGAGGCCCUUCCCAAGAGAGGCCCCUUGUGUACCUGACAAUGGUUCUUUCUGAUUUUCUAUAUAUAGUACAGAAGGCCAGAAAAAUUGUGUCAAAGGGUCUAAAAUCUGGAAAGUACAAGGGAGAUAACUCAUUUAAGAAAAAGUUAUUUACAUGCGAGAAGAAAUUGGAUUUUUAUCUGAGCUGGACCCAGAGAUUAGGGAUGUCGCUACACACACUGGUACCAGAGCUGGUCCUAGAACAUAGUGCAGCGGAGUCAGACUUGAAGGAUGUGGAAGAGAAGCGAACAGAACUGGAAGAAUUCUGGGGAGGUAAACAAAAACCUCCGCAAAGAAAACUGAUUGAAGAAAUCACGUAGUCUCCAAAGGAGUGGAAUGUGGAACAGGAAAAUAUUUCAAACUUUUUCUACAGCCUGUUAGAAUGUACACUGAAAAGAUCAAGCGAAUAAAAAACUGUCAGCAUA